AUGCUCAGUGAGCAUUUCGCAGCAUCCGUGUCGGCCGCAGCGGUCGCGCCGAAAGCCACGUCCAACAGUGUCAAGGAUGUAGGCAUAUCCAUCUUCGAGAGCCAACCGCAUUCCGGACAAAGAGCAAGUUUCAAGAAGAGCAAUACCGCACCGAAUUGUCUGGCCGUCAGCCCAUCGCAUGUCUUCGCCGCCCAAGCCGACAAGGCCGUCGUAAACGUCUACAGCCGGGACAAGGGAAACCAAGAGGCGACGGUGCCAUUCCAAGAGAGGAUAACAUGUCUGGCUUUGGCAUGUGAGGAUAGCGUGCUGGUGCUGGGCUCGCAGACGGGGCGCAUCUUCGUUUGGGAAACACAUACUGGCAGAGUCGUCAUCACGUCGCAAGCCCAUCUGCAGCAAGUCACCGCCCUGGUCGUCGAUCCCACCUCGAACUUCGUUUUGUCAGCCUCGGCCGAUGCCUCGAUUCACGUCUGGUCGCUUCCCGCUCUGCUCUCCUUCUCGAACGCCGCUCUGCAAGGCCAACACUCUCCGUUACACACUCUUUCAGGCCACCGUGCCGCCAUCACAUCUCUGGUCGUCGGCCACAGCGCUGGCUUCUGCAACAUUGCUGUCUCAGCGAGCGCCGACCAGUCAUGUAUAGUCUGGGACUACCAUGAGAACCAGCUGUUGCGCACUGUCUUGCUACCCGCAGUUCCGCGAUGCCUGGCUCUCGAUCCUGCCGACCGCGCUUUCUACACAGCCUACGACGACGGAAGUGUGCAAAUCGUCGACUUCUACAGUGAUGCCUUCUCCGCCGCAAACCCCGACUCGGUCCAGCAUCCACUGUACGACCCUGCUCAAGCUGCUAUGCCUGUCCAGCCACCGCCGCAAACCCGCUGGACUCCUCCUUCAGCUGAUCAGGGUGCUGCAUUGAGUGCCAUGCUCAGCUACGACGGAAGCACCCUCAUGACUGGUCACAACAAUGGAAACGUUCUUGUAUGGGAUGUUCCUCUUGGUCGAUACUCAUCUACGUUCACCGCAGCCCCCAUGAUGGGCCCCGUCACAAAUCUUGUCUCCUUGCCUGUCCAAGGCUUCCCUGACGCUCGCCCUGCCCUCAUCAACCAAGUCACCAUUGUCAAGCCAAAGCACGCCGCCUUCGACAAGGCCGACCUCGAUGGUGCAGUCCCUGGAAACUACAACUUGAGCAUGCAGUUCUCGCGCCAACUUCCCAUGCCUCACAUCUCUGCCUCUAAGAAGCAAUCCGCUACCGUCGAGUCUGAAUUCCUUACCGCUCUCACACAUCCUGUCUUCCCUGAAUCGCUACUUGCCGAUUCGCUCGCCGAACUGGCGAACUGGAACGGCUCGGUAAAGGUCCAACUUGCUGCUCCCGCCGCCGCCGCCGUUCCCACCCCUGCUGCUCCUGCAGAAGCACCCGCCGCCCAGCCGCAAGUAUCAGACACAGCCGACUUCAUGUCCCUCGACGCCCCCGAAACAUCCACCGGACCCUCUGUCGAACAGCAAAAUGAAGCUUUGAGAGCCGAACUCGCCGCCCUGAAGCGCGUGCAAAGAGCCAGCUUGAUCCAAAUGGAAGCAUUACGGAAAGAGAAGGUCGAGCUGCUAGCAAAGAUAAGACAAGACAUCGACGAUGACAUGGAAGACGAAGUCAACGAAGACGAAAAGAGCGAAAGAGCAUGGGGAAGACUAGCCUCGACAGGCGAGUAUGUCGAGAGCGAUGAAGAGUCGGAGUAA